UCUCUCUCUUUACGGCUCGACCACUUUUGCCUUACGAAUCUUUUUUUCUUCUUCUUCAUUCCCUCACGGUCAUAUAUUAUCUAUCCCCCGCUUUACUUUUUUCUUUUCGACCCAGCCUAUAAAUCGUAUCCCACGUCAUUUAUAUUCGGGGCAAGAAAUAAAACAGAAAGUGAUAACAGCAUAAUAUAAAGGAUGAACCCAGCUCAAGCUUCUUCUUCAGAACAUCACGGAAUGUGGCCGUCUGGUUUCUUCUCGGCGCCUGGCUUAAAACAGCAUGCUCAGUCGUUCAUGUCUGGCAUGGGAGGUUUCGCUCCAUCAUGGGAGAAGCAGAUGCAGUUCGCUCAACAAAAGCAAAGGCAGGCCCAGAUGCUCUUAUUGAGCCAACAGCAGAAUGUACGCAUUACGGCAGGAUCUCCGCUCGAUAUGGAGAUGCCCACUUCACCCAUUCGCAUGACUUCUCCUAGAAAAACGGGAAAGGCUGAUCGAAGAGCUGAGCACAAUGCUAUCGAACGCGCUAGAAGAGAAUCCUUAAAUGUGAAAUUUCAACAACUAGCCCAUGCGUUACCCAACCUGCAAGAUGACCGACGACCUUCAAAAAGUCGCAUCGUCGAAAAAGCCCUGGAAUGGGUGCGACAAACGUUUAUAAGGGAGCAGCAAUAUCGACAUGAGAUCCAACAACUGCGUCUCGAUAACGAACAUUUGCGAGCUCAGCUAGUCAAGCAAAGCAAUUUAAAAGGUGUGCCAUCUGGUUUAAGUGACAUGGACGUCCCUCCCCCACCUGUUGCCUCCGCUCCUCUGGAUAUGCUAUCUUUCAGUAACUGGAAUAGCCUUUCCGCCGAAUAUUUGUUCGAACCCGCUCCGCUCGGGGACGAUCAUGCCGAGCAACAGGACGACGACGAUAAUAGCAGCAAUGACGGAGACUUUGAAUCAGAACGAACUACCAGUUUUUACGGUGAAAUGUCUGACAUGCAAACAUCCCCUUUGGAUCUCCAAUUUUCUUCUGCUAUGCUCCAUCAAGAAAUGAAGUCUGCGGCCUUAAUACCCAGCGAUAUGCCAUCCAUCGGUCCCUUCAGGCAUCGUUGAACGUCCCACGAUAGAUCAAAGAUGAGACUUGGGGCUGUUGUACUCUCAUCGGUGUGCUCCUCCAACGGCUGGAACGUAUUUUUUUUUCUUCUUAGGGAUUCUACCCCCAGGCUCACUUUAAACUCACUCUCGCAGUGUCCCCCCCCUCUCUCUACCUUCAUCUCCUGCUAUUAUUAUAAUCGCUUUUUAUUCAAUCGAUUCUACCUUCUCUCCAUUUAUCCUGGACUAUCAUGUACCAAUGUACACACAUAUCUCCCUCUGGUUGCAUUUUUCUUGUUGUACAAACGC